AUGGCACCCACUGAACCACAUGCUAAGCCCUUCGAACAACAAGGAGAUGUUCCUAACUUCUCCGAAGAGUACCCAGUCUGGGGUGGGUAUGUAGAAAAGGAGAAAUACCCCGAGAAACAGAAGGCAGCGGCCGAGAUCCUCGCGAAAUGGGAAUACUACCACUACGCCAUGGGUCCAACGCUUAGAGAUGUUCCGGAUAUCUCUUGGAAGUAUGUCUUGGAGGAGAAAAGUUCAGAUAUGAUCCACGUAUUGCAAUUCCCUUACAAUGGAAAGCCUCCACGGACCGAGAUUACCUCGAAUUGCGAUAAUUUCGUCCGCAAUCACGGCGGCAUUCCUGAGAUUAACCCGGAUCAUUUCUUUCUUGAGAUCACUGGACUCACUCUAGGUGAUGGUGACGAGCUCAUCAACACCCCAUGGGGCGAAGGGGCGAUUGGAACAGCUCAUUGGACGGGCGCCAGUCUCAAGAAAGUUAUCAAAUACUGUGGCGGUUUGAAGGAGGGUGGAGAACAUCUUGAGCUCUUUGGGGCGGAUACUUACUCCAAGAAGGUUCAAGUGUACAACUACGGAGUGUCGGUUCAGCCUAUGAAUGGAAAACCUUUACCAAAAAUCCAUGGCGCGCCACUCCGCGCCGUCGUUUUUGGAUACAUUGGAGCAAUGAGUACAAAGUGGUUAUAUCGUGUCAAUGCUAUCACCGAUCCAAGCGAGGGUCCGGUUCAGAAGAAAAAGUACCUUUAUUACACUCCACAGGUUGGCAAACACAAUGCAACUUACAGUAACAGUUUCAGCAUCCAGACUAUGCCUAUUUCCAGCGCCAUAAUGACACCCCUCAAUCAAGGCCAGAUCAUCCAUGAUGGGCUGAUUCACAUGACUGUGUGGGCGUACAGCGGAGGUGGAUGGCCCGAAAGAGUCGAGGUUAGUGGUGAUGGCGGGAGCAUUUGGUAUGAGGUUCCGUACGACAAGAUGAGCAGGAAAUACUUCCAUGCGUGGAGAAUCUGGGAAUUUGACCUGCCGGUUGAUGCGGAAGGCUGGCUGGAAUUUUCCGUGAGGACCUGGGACAAUGCUUUGAACACCCAGCCUACCUACGUCAGAAGUGCUUGGAACUGGGACCUGCACGUAACUUCCUCUUGCCGCCGCAUUAAGGUCUACAGCAUUAACCGGACCAAACCAAUGACCGCUAAAAGGCUGAAGCUUCUUAAGAGUAAGGGUCUCUCCACGCUCCCAAUCACGCAUCCUCUCGAGAUAGAUCUUGAAAGCGACGAAGAAUACCGCAUGGAGAUGAAGAAGAGGGAAUGUCGCGACCCAGAGGAGUGA